GUUGUUCCGGUUGCUGAUUUGGCCAAAUACGUAUACGACACCAGCGAUAUGGACAGUGUCACAUCCAUAAUUGCUGCCCUUGUGAAAGACAACACGAUUACGGCGGCUGAAGCAUCGAGGUACCUUGAAGCGAUACGUCAACAGCUGAUCGCCAUGCACAAACAUCUGCUGAAGGACCUAAAGGCAACCCCGAUUUCACGCGAAAAGCCGAAAACGACCAUCGCUGAAACGUUCAAUCAAAUGCUUAUCUUCACCGAAGUUUUGCUGAAUGGUGAACAAGCGAAACAGAACUUAUUUGACAGUCUCAAAGAACUGUACGCACUUUACAAGCAAGGAAAUCAGCAAUCGUACGAACUACUUCGUCGGUACAUCAGUUUCAUUCAAGUCGAAGGCGAGGCGAAUCGCAUCAGCAAAGAGGCACAGAACAUUAUUUACUCUUUCGUGGUCAGCGCUUUCAAGGAGGUGAACAACGAAUUGGAGCUUCACAAGAUUCACAGAGCAUGA